AUGCAAACCCAUCAACCAACCAAGACCGCCAAUACCGACGACAACGUCGCUUCCACGACCACGACCACGACCACCACGACCACCACUGCUGCCCCCUCGAACAAGCCCGCAACGGUCCCUGGUCAAGACUCCAAAGUUUCACCAGCAAACGACAAACACGGCCGUCGCCGAAGCGCAAUCAAGGAUGUAGCGCCCCAUAGCACGAAUUCUUCGCCCUCUGUUGCUGCCGAAUCCAACAAUACCAUCAGCGCUACUCAGGUCCCUGUAGCAGACUCACAGCUGUCUGCCGCAACCGAAGCCACGAAGCGAUCCAACCCCAAGAAGAAGACUGGCCGAUCGAAAAAAUUGGUGGCACGUCGUGGACCACAUCGAUCCGGUGGUGAGGAGGCGAUCGAACUCGCAGUGAGCAGCUCGGACGAGGAAGAGGAUCGUCAACACGCGUCAGGUGGCUCGGAAAGUGACGAUCCAGAUACGGAGGAGGAGGCGGACUUGCAAGUCAAGCGAUUGGCGCUGGAAAAAUUAUCGCUGGAGCGCAAAGGUGACCACCCACCUAUUCCCAACAAGGCAUCGUCUCGCAAGCAGCAACAGCAACAGCAGCAUCAGAACCGCGGUCGUGCCGUAUCGCAGGAAAGUCAGCCAUCGUUGCAACCAACGACUCAGAAUCGGGAUUCAGCUCCAGCUUCACCCACGCCUACAACUUCGCACUCUGUCCCUUCGUCAUCAUCUUCAAAGAAGAAGCGCAAUAAGAAGGCGAAGCAGCAGGAUCAGAAGCAGAAUCAGCCAGCAGUUGCGGGCAAGAACACAGAGGGAUCACAAAGCCAGAAGAAUGGCGCUGAUGAGGUCCGCAACCGUCAGUCCAUCAUACCUUCGUCUUCGCCUGCGCCUUCUCAAUCACACGCGGACGCGGAACCAACUGCGUUAUCGAAGCCGAACAAGCGCCUUUCUAAACAAGGGAUCAGCUCAACCAAAUCCGGUACCGCAUCCUCUGCCCCUGACAAGGACACCUUGGGAGACGAAUCCACUUCGACAGACUGGGGCGACUCACCCAUGCCUGAACCCUCUGCUGCACUGGAAAAUUCACCAGCAGAUAAAGAGCAACAGGAACAGAUUAAAUCCACUGCGCAUUUGAGUCGUCCGGUGUCACGAGGCCGCGGUGGAAGAGCAGCAGUCGAGGCUCGAGUUGAGUAUCGCAGGAAGCUGGCAGAGGACCCUAGGUUUGUGCCCCAUCUCGGGGAAUUCUGGGGACAUGACGAUCGGUACCGAGGCGCGGGAUUGAAGAAUUUCAGCGACCGAGGGGGCUUCAGAGGUCGCUUCAUGGGAAGAGGUGGAUUCGAUCGAGGAGGCAUGGCUCAGGGUCCAAGUAGGGGUGAUGCCAGGAACGACAGGGGCAGUGCCCCAGAUAAGGACUCACAAUCUCAGGACACAGAGGACAAGGAUAGCAGUCCAGUGAGGCCUAGGUCGGACCGAUGGAGCCACGAUGGAUACGAUCAGUUGAUGAAGGUGCAGGAAAAGAGUCACCGCCAGCCAAGGAACGAUUCUCGACCUCGUUCCAUGAAUGCCAAGCCCUCGGGACCUUCGUUAUCGCGGAGCACAUCUAACAAUCCAGGACUCAGUCAGAAUGCCGCUGGUUCAAGCGCUACUCCUGCACCUGCUGCCUCAACCUCGACGAAUGAAGCAUCCAAGAGUCAGUCUACCAAUGUGGCAACAAAAACUGUCGAUACUACCACCCCUAAAUUUGAUGAGAUGAAAAAUGCAGCCCAGGACAAGGCGAUGACUCAGUCGCAGGGAGAUUCAACAUCGCAGCCUGGACCAGCAGCAUCUGCCUUGACAAAGUCAGAAAGACCGCGCUCUUCCAUUCAAUUUGGAGAGAAGGACGUAAAGAGGGCCUCGCGUCUCUUACAUUCGGCUCUUCCUAAGCCCGUAUCUAAAGCACCUGCUCCUGAGAUAAAAUCGACAUCUACUGACGCUAACGGGGCCGAAAUGAUGCAGCCUGAGGAGGGCUCCAAGGGCAGCAAGGACAGCAAGGACGCCAGUUCUAUCGAGAAGGCGGGGGCCACUACUGCCACUCCAGCCCCUACAUCGACCAACCCAAAGUUCCGUCAGCCUAUGCCGCAGAGCCAGCCUGCAGUCCAGCACUCUGGUUUUAGACCCCACUUUAUUCCUGGCAAUUUUUCGAGCCGUGGACGUGGUCGUGGAGGUUUUCAUCCAGGUCAUUUUGGACAUCGUGGAGGUCAUCAGGGUGGUUUCCAUGGGUCUCAUCAUCACCAUCCUCAUAGUCCCCAACUUUCCCAGCAGCCAUCGACAACUUCUUCUGCGACAGCUACGAAUACCGAGGCCCCGAAGGCAGGAACCACUUCAGAUCUACCGGAAACGUCUAAUGCAAAUGGGUCAAAGAGGUACCUGGGCCAUAGACAGGAGGACAGGGAUGAAGAGCAGUCGUACAGCAAGGCGGCUGAAGCCCCAGAGGAGCAGAAGAAGGUCGACUCGGAUACAGCAGCUUCCUCAAGGGAGACAGCCCCCAUCAGCUUAACCAAGUCACUCAAGACAGCUAUUAAUGCUGCUCCAUUCAAGCCUUCAACUCUUUUUGUUCCUGCUGAACAACGACCGACGACGUUUGAGGCCGAGGAACAGUACUACGGCGAGGAUUACAAUCAGGAUGGAUAUUACUACGAUCCUCAGCAGGCACAGUUGACUCAGCCGAUGUACUACUAUUAUUACCCACCUGUGAAUAUGCCUAGUGGUAGCACAGGAGCCAUGCCUGUAUCAAUGCCCAUGGCUGUCCCUAUGCCUGUACCGAUGGGAAUGCCGAUGGGGAUGCCCAUGGGUGUACCCAUGCCCGGGCAGCCGUUCAUGGCCCCAAUGUACUACGACGGUAGUAUCCCUGUGUCAGGAGCCAUGCCGGCUGAUGUUAGUGAGGCGGCGGCGGCGCCUGUUCCAGGAGCUGGAGGAGAGAUGAUGAUGAUGAUGGUCGCACCGGAGGAUUAUAACAACUACUACUAUUACCAACCGCCUAUGUAUUACCCGUCCCAUCCUCCGGCGCACCACCCUGACCCACACCAUCCGCAGCAACAUCAAACACAUGACCACCAACAGACUUCCCAGUCUACAGCCGCCCAACAGACACGCACAUAA